AUGAGGGUUCCAGGUGGAAAAUGGGCCUGUGGACUGUCUUCAGUGCCAACUGUGGUCUCUACCAGACACAUCAAUCAAGCUCCAGGGCCAGUCUGGGAGGUGCCAAUCUGUAGCAAGAUUAAGAAUAUGGUGCACUUAAUUGUAUCAUCCUUUAUAUUUGGAAUAUUUGGAGUUUUGCUGAUCUUUGUGGAUGUGGGGCUUGCCAUUGCUGACAUACUUGUCACUGAGAACCAAAUUUAUAUUCCUUUGGGAUAUCGCUCAUUUUCUAUAGCUAUUGCUAUAUUUUUCUUCGUGGAUGUUCUUCUUCGAGUGUAUGUAGAAGGGAGACGGCGUUAUUUUUCUGAUGUUCUUAAUUCUUUAGAUGCUGCUAUUAUUGGGAUAACUCUGCUGGUUGAUAUCCUUUUCGUUGUUUAUGACUUGAAGUUUCUCAGAGUUUUCCCCAGAUUGACGAUUUUAUUUCGACCACUACGACUUAUCAUUUUGACAAGAAUUUUUCACCUGGCUCAUCAAAAAAGACAGCUUGAAAAGCUGAUGAGAAGGCUGGUGUCAGGGAACAAAAGACGAUACAGAAAGGAUGGAUUUGACCUAGACCUCACUUAUGUUACAGGGCGUAUUAUUGCCAUGUCAUUUCCAUCUUCUGGAAAGCAGUCUUUUUAUAGGAAUCCAAUUGAGGAAGUUGUACGGUUCCUAGAUACCAAGCACCGAGACCACUAUCGAGUUUAUAAUCUAUGCAGUGAAAGAGAUUAUGAUCCUAAGUACUUCCAUUAUAGGGUUCGUAGAAUCAUGAUUGAUGAUCACAAUGUCCCCACUCUGAGAGAGAUGCUUUCGUUUUCCAAGGAAGUAGAUGAGUGGAUGGCUCGAGAUAAUGAAAAUAUUGUGGCGAUUCACUGUAAGGGAGGCAAAGGAAGAACUGGAACUAUGGUAUCUGCCUACCUUAUUGCCUGUGGAACAUUCUUUACUGCACAGGAGAGUCUUUAUUAUUUUGGAGAACGACGAACAGAUAAAACCAGCAGCGAUAAAUUUCAAGGAGUAGAAACCCCUUCUCAGAAUAGAUAUGUUGCAUAUUUUGAAAAAGUGAAAAAAAGCUACCACUUUGAUCUUCCUCCAAAAAAAACACUCAAGAUAAGAAGAUUCAUUAUUUACUCAAUUCAUGGCAAUGGACAUGAUCUAAAAAUACGAAUAAUAAUGCAGCAAAAGACUGUCUUUUUCUGUUCUCGUUUCAAAAACUGUUGGAUAUUUCUUGAUAUAGAAUCAGACAGAGUAGUAAUUGAUGUAUCCAACUGUCCAGCUCUGUAUGAUGAUGUAAAAGUGAAAUUUUCCUCUUCGUAUAUUCCUAAAAACUAUGACAACUGCUCAUUUUUCUUCUGGUUUCAUACAUCUUUUAUACAAGAUAACAGGCUUUAUCUACAAAGAAGUGAAUUGGAUAAUCCCCAUAAAUCAAAAACAUGGAAAAUUUAUCGUCCUGACUUUGCAGUAGAGGUAGUUUUUGAUGAGGCAUGACCAAGAGUUACAUUGUAAGUAUAGUUAACUUCAUAGAAUAGAAUCAUGUUAUUUCCACUCUCUGCUAAACAGUCCUAAGUUCUAUUCCCUUGUUGGUAUUCCCAUAAUUUUAAUAUGUAUGUAUGUUCUUGAGAAAUCUAUUAAAUAUGUACAGGUAAAAUAUCAAUGGUGACUUCUUUUUUAAAGGAAUAUACUUCAGUUUCCACCUUCUAUUUGGAUAAAUUUGAAACACAGUACACAGGAACAUUAGGUAUCAUUUUGAAGAACUUUAAACCUUUCAUAUCAAAAUAACUGAAGUACUUAAAAACUGUGAUUCCUCCCAUACCUACUUAGAUAUUUUUUGGAUGAGUAUUUAUUCCCUACUUUGUUUCACAUUUAUGACUUUUAUUUAUUACAAAAUUGGUUUCUAUUUUUUCUAUUUUCUCUACUUGAACCACAAACAGUCAACAAACAUCAGAUUGGUAGCAAACAUUAAGUUGUAAACCCAGAGGAGAGAACUGUUUCACUAAGCAGUCCUACACACCCCCAUACACACUUUUCUCUUGUUCCCAGCACUAUACAGGUAGCUUUCAUGACAAAUAUCCUUCAAUAAAUACACACACACACACAUACAUAGGGAAGGUAAGAGGAUCUUGGUAAACAUGACUGGUAGACUCUUCAGCCACUUCUUUUUUGUGUGUAACAUCCUAAGUAAAAUUAAAGAAAAAAUUUGCUCUUAAUCUAGAUUUAUUAUUUUAAAAUCCUUCAUCCCUGCUCACAACCAAUCUCACCUAAGCUUGGAGAACUUUGUGAAGGAAGACCAUCUUUUCAUUAUAAACACUGGCUAGUCUUGUAUUUACAGAGAAUUAUUUUUU